AUGGUGCAGACUCUACGUUUAAAAAGAGAUAAAAUUAAACACGUAAUUAGUGGUAUCGGUGAAAAAGUACACCAUGCGUCGUCGUCAGUAUGGUUAAAAAUAAAAUCCCACGUAAGUGAUUACGCUGUGUUUCUACCAAUGAUAGUAGUACUAAGGAUUACGGGUCAAUUACCUCCGAAAAAUAUAAAAGCAACAUGUUAUGUUCCCGAUAACAUUAAAUUGGCUGAUCCACAUUUUAAUAUGCCCCAAAAAAUCGACAUAAUAUUAUUAGGCGCAACGCAUUUUUAUGAAUUUUUAUGCGACGGACAAAUACGUCCUUCGGCAACCGGGCCGUUAUUCCAAGAAACAGUAUUUGGAUGGGUGGCCGCUGGAGCAAUAUCGGAAAAUAGUUUAUCAAAGGCAUCGACUUCGAACACAUUUUUUAGCGCGAUCGAUAGUGAACCCACACUAGAGAACGCACUACAACGAUUUUGGCUGAUUGAAGACGUAAGCGAUGCACCACUUUAUACGAUCGAGGAACGUGCUUGUCAAGAAUAUUUUAAUAAGACCGUUAUUAGAAAUGACGAGGGACGUUUUGUCGUACACCUACCAUUUCGGGUCGAUUCAAUAAAAUUAGGAGGAUCGUACGAGAUCGCAAAACGUCGCUUCUUAGCAAUAGAACGUAAGUUCCAAAAGGAUAAGAAAUUAAAGGAAGAAUAUUUUUCCUUUAUGAAGGAUUAUGAGUCAUUAAACCACAUGGAGCGGGUAGAUGAGAGCAAAAUCGAAAGGAAUGAUCAAACGUGUUACUUGCCCCACCACGCCGUUAGAAAGGACAGUAGCACGUCUACAAAGUUGCGGGUAGUGUUCGACGCGUCUUGCAAAACAGACAAUGGCAUUAGUCUUAAUGACGUAUUAUUAAAGGGCACGGUUAUCCAAGACGAUUUAUUAUACAUUAUUUCACGAUUUCGAACGCAUAAUUAG